ACGAAUUUCGCAAAUAUUGCAUGGAUAUUAUUAUUGUUACUAGCGUUCCAAGUAUUGUAAACUAUUGGUUCUACAGAAAUAGUGAUGAUAAUCAAUGCUCUAAAUAUGCAUACACUUACCUGUGACAAUGCCUCUGAGCAAUCAGAUGUUGUGUGUAAAUACGAUCAAGUGGUGUAUUAUCCGGAAAUUUCAAAUUCUCACUAUGACCAUGCGCCUCAGAUGCCAUUUAUGCAAACUGAGGACGCGUUUGAAUGUGGCACCAUGGCUAUUAACGGCUGCUAUGAGCAGUAUCAAGAAUCAUCGCUCCAGGACAUCACAAGGGACAGUGACUAUUACAGUUCUGAAAGUGGCGAGUCAUCGGACGCAAGUGUACAGCCAGAUUACUACGCGGACCCAAACAUCCCCUGGUACUCUUGCGAUGAGCAGCAAUUUCACGUCGACGACGACGACGACAGGUCAAUGUGUCAAAAACGUAACAAAAGCCGUCAACCUAUAACAGAGACUGAAAGUACAUCGACUACGAAUAAGGCGGAGAGUAACCGAAAAGUACCAGAAUUGGUUCGAAUAGGGGCAACAGUUCGCGAACGGACUCGAAUGCAUAUGCUGAAUGACGCUUUUGAUGCCCUAAGGAAAGUGGUACCAAAACAGAACGCCGGUGAGCACCAUAAAUUGUCGAAAAUCGCUACACUCCGUCUCGCCAUUCAGUACAUCUCGUCGCUAGCCGUGACGCUCCGAACUUCCGGUGUGGAAAUCCAGAAGAUCCGUGGCAACUGCGUCGGGGAUCGGCGUGGCAAGCGGGGCAAAUCAUCCAUGAAACUGGCCCAUGGAUGCCCGUAGGACAUCACUGCACUUGUAAUUCUUCUGCAAUAUUAAAUUAACUUUAUACAUGUAUAUUUAUCGACGCGCAUAUACAACAAAAUAUUAUAGAAAAUUUAUUGCUAAUGGUCGUUGUUUA